AUGGGGCUGCGCCCCGCCGCACUGGCGCUGCUCGGUCUGGCGGCUGCCGCCGCCUCGGGGGGGGCGCUGCCGCUGCCCGACGCCGGCCCGCACCUCAACUACGGCUGGGGAGAGCCCAUCCGGCUACGGCACCUCUACACCGCCAGCAAGCACGGGCUCUUCAGCUGCUUCCUGCGCAUCGGCUCCGACGGCCGGGUGGACGCGGCCGGGAGGCAGAGCGCGCAGAGUCUGCUGGAGAUCCGCGCCGUGGCCGUGCGCACCGUGGCCAUCAAGGGCGUGCAGAGCUCCCGGUACCUGUGCAUGGACGAGGCGGGGCGGCUGCACGGGCAGCUCAGAUAUUCCACUGAAGACUGUUCCUUUGAGGAGGAGAUUCGCCCGGACGGCUACAACGUGUAUAAAUCCAAAAAACACGGAAUAUCAGUGUCUUUGAGCAGUGCCAAACAAAGACAGCAGUUCAAGGGGAAAGAUUUCCUUCCCCUGUCUCACUUCUUGCCCAUGAUCAACACUGUGCCUGUGGAAUCAGUAGACUUUGGUGAAUACGGUGAUUACAGCCAGGUCUUUGAGCCAGAGGUGUUCUCCUCCCCCCUGGAGACGGACAGCAUGGACCCCUUUGGCAUCGCCUCUAAACUGUCCCCAGUGAAGAGCCCCAGCUUCCAGAAGUGA